AUGUCUGAUGCAGAAUACGAGUUCGAUAAUGCAGUAUCUGGUGCAUCAAAAACCUUUCCCAUUCAAUGUUCUAGCUUGAGAAAAAACGGGUUUGUUGUCAUCAAGGAUCGCCCAUGCAAAAUUGUUGAUAUGAGUACCUCUAAAACCGGGAAACACGGCAGUGCCAAAGUACACCUUGUUGCGAUCGAUAUUUUUACCGGAAAGAAGUAUGAAGAGCUUUCCCCCUCCACUCAUAACAUGAAUGUUCCCAAUGUUACUCGUGCAGAGUACACCCUUUUAAAUAUUGACAGCAAUUACCUGUCUCUCAUGGAGCCCUCUGGAGAUACCAAGGAUGAUAUCAAGCUCCCAGAGGGAGAAUUGGGCGAGAAGAUAACGGAAGAUUUUAAUAACGGAAAAGAGCUGCUGAUUUCCGUCGUCUCUGCCAUGGGUGAAGAGCUCGUAAUGUCGUACAAGGAAGCCCCAAAAUCAUAA